GGGCUGGGCCGGCUCGGGGCCGGGGCCGCGCCAGCGGGGCCGGGGAGUUCGUCUGGGCAGCGGGACGGCGGCUCAGCCUGCCCUGGAGCUGCGGCGUCUGGGAUGUGCUGUGGCAGCGUUCGGCUUUGAAUUCCACGGAGUCGCUCAAAGCUUCGGUUAGGAGGUGAAGGGGAGAACCUGGUAGGAAGAGCCAGAGAGGUUGCACUGGAAGUGAGUUGUGUGGAUUACUUCUGAGGAAGAGGGAGUGUUGGUACCAUGGAAGUGGGAAAGAGCAGCCAUGUUAACAGCAAAAGGAGUUCUGUCACUCAGGGCUCCUGUCCAGGUGAAGAUCUGGGUGAAGGAAGCCUUUUAAGUGAAGACUCCCAUCUGGAGUAUCUCAGUGCUUACGAGGAAUAUGCUGAUGAUACGAAUAGCUCAAGUGAAUUCUGUGAGGAGAGGGAAAUUGGAGAGGUGAAGGACAUACCACAAGGUCACAAGGUGCCACCCCACAUCAGUACAGGGGAAGAAGUGUCUGGGGACAGCAACAGCAUCUCAAAGAAGCCAGAGGGCCCUUUCCUGUCACCAAGGGAAAGCGCCUCUAAAGUAGCUCUGCAGUUUUGUGAACGUGCAGAGUCUUCUGAUUUCUACAGCUGUGAAAAACCUGGUACCAUCUGUGUUGACAGCACUGCAGAGGAUGCUGAAACCCAAUCUCCUGUCUCUAAAAUUCCCACUAGUAAGAGUCCUGAUUUUGGUGUGGAAGUUGCAGAUGAAUCCUCCGGUAGAAGUCCCUGCUGUGUGAACUCAGAAUGCCGUGGAACCCCAAAAAGCACUGCCAGUGUCUCUGCAGUUACACAGGCUGUCGAUGCCAGCUCUGAUUUCAGAGCUUGCUUUACAACAAGCAGAAGCAGCAGUGCUCAGGUUUGUCUCUGCUCCAGGGCAAUUAACACAGAGAUAACGAUGAUGAACAAAUCUCGCCCCGUGGGAUGGCCCCGUCAAAACUGUGUGGAUGCUGCUUCCAACACAGAAUGGUCAUUUGGAGCCCACAGCUCACACAUUCAGGAGCAGUGGGAAUCAAAGAAUCAGCUGUGUACCUGUGAUUGGAAGAUAAGCACUGACAGGCCAGGACAUCUCAACAAGCAAACCCUGAAGAAUUCUGUAUCAAGCUGCUGUCAAAACACUCUGCAGAGAGCGACUGAGGCGGAGCUGCAGCUUCUGGCCAUCCAUUAUAAGAUGUGCUAUCAGCACUGCUUGACGGUUUAUCAGCUGGCUUUUGAGGAGAACGCUGCUUUUGGGAGUACAUGUGAUGAGAAGACUGAAUUACAUUCAUCUCUCCUGUUGGUUUUGGAAGAGCUAGAAAAUAAUUACAACAAUAUGAGAAUGGAAAUAAACAUGGGCAUACCUUUAAACUCUCUCCCACCACUGUCAGUUGAAGUGAAGUUACCCCCAAUCUCUUCCUUUUACGUCCCUGGCAAGUUUUUCAGAAAGUCUCUUGGCUCUGAUGGUCUUUCAGGUGAAGAAAAAGCUGAUGUUGAAGCACCAGAAAUGCAACAGCAGACUUCUGUCAAUAGGGACAAGUCACAGUCUGAAGGUGGUCAGCCAAGUGACUCUGCUUCCCCCGAGGCACGGGAAGGACAACAUAAAGGUCGGGAUCUGAAACAUGGCCGUAUGAAAACUGAGGAAGGGACUGAAUAUUGGUUUGAUGCUAAAGAAGAGUUGACAAUGUCAGAUUUUCCAGUAAUACCUGAAGAAACGAAAAAGCAACAAGAGAAGCAAGGCACGGAAGCGAAGACAGUGCAGAGUGGGAAUGAACAUUCUUCUGUUCAUUUUGGUGGCCCAAGUUCCUCAGUGUUGGAGGAUACUGGAGAAAAUUCCCUGCAGAAAACAUCUUAUUCUAACACCAUUGAACCAGGUGAUAUCUUUAAUUCUCCUUAUGCACUGAACUUGAGCAGCUUUACCAAGCUGAUUAAGAGACUUCAAGCAACCCAUCCAGAGGCUAGCAGAGACCAAAUUGUGGAGGCUAUUCAGCAGGUGAGGAAAAACAACAAAGGUAUGCUAUGUGGCUUGGCCAUCAGUACUAUUGAGGAAAGGACCUCUGCCAUUCUGAGGAAAUCAAUGCCCAAUUGUGGGCAGGAAAAGCAGUGAAAAACAAUCCUGCUGCAAUUGCUACUGGAAAGAGCAGCCAUGGUUACUAAUAAAGGUUAAAAUUUGUUCUUCAAAAA